CGUAUGCAGAAGGAAAUCACCGCCCUCGCACCCUCGACCAUCAAGAUCAAGAUCAUUGCACCUCCCGAGAGGAAAUACUCCGUAUGGAUCGGUGGUUCCAUUCUCGCUUCCCUAUCUACCUUCCAACAGAUGUGGAUUUCGAAGCAAGAGUAUGACGAGUCUGGUCCUGGUAUUGUCCACCGCAAGUGCUUCUAAAUUCAUUAUCGACUAGUGUCAGAAAUGCGACACAGAUCUUGAAGAAUUAACGUCUGGGUUGCGUGUAAGAAUAUUCUUGAAAAAGAAGAUCAAAUUUAUGCGAACUAUUGUGCUAGUACAAAUACAGAUCAUCGAGAAAAUUAUUAGCAUUCGACUUUUUCUUAUGAAUUAUACAUUUACUUGAGAUUUCUUUUUUAAAUAGCAAUACAAUCUAUAUUCAAUCUAUUGUAAGUUAUUAACUUUUUGCAUUAAGAAGAAAUGUCGAAAUGAGUAUUAUUCCAAAGAAUGUCAAUGUAAUCUCAAUGGUUUACAAUAAUAAUCAUUGCAUUAACAUGAGAUUUGGAAGAAGUCGCGUACGAAUAGAUCGAUCAUUACUUUACAAUUAAGAUCGCUCGCUGUCUUAAUGUCAAAGAUAUUCUCUGUAAUCGUACAAUUAAGUGCAUUCUGUCUGGGUUGUUAACGAAGCCAACGUAUCUGAUCUUAUUCUAAUUUACUUUGUAAAUAUUAUAUACUAAAUCGUCGUUGCAUUGUUAUGCACAAUUGACAUGCAAUAUCAAAUAUAAAUUUAAAUAUACAUUUCACACG